AAACCCUCUCAACAGCCUCUCCAAUCCCCAGAAAAUACUUGGUUUCAAAUAAUUCGUAUUUCAAACUGUCUAAGGACACAUAAAGCUAUAAAGAUGCGCAAAAGGAAAACAAAACGCACCGGCAACCGUGAAUCAGGUCAAUUCACCUCUCGAGAAGAAUUCGAACAGCAUCUGGAACGCGUUAAAGAUGGAGACUUAACCUCCAUGGACAACUUGAUGGCUGAUUGGCCCACCAAACCCGAAUGGAGGGUCGAGAUGAUGGCCACUUUCCUCACUCACCUCGACACCCCCAAGCCUCGCGGGAAUCCAGUUAACCCCCUGGAAAUUUCCUCAUGGAUACUCCUGCGCAGGGUAGCUACCUCCCUUGACGGGGUAUGUCACGCGGUCAGUCUCAAUGACCCCAAACUGCUGGAUCUCAUCGUCGACAACAUCGACGGUAUUCUCUCGUGGCACGAGCACAUGUUGUCUGGUUCUCAGUCGAAGGAACAGCCAUUUGUGAAGACGGUCAAGUACCUCCUAAACAGCGACGAAAAACUCUUGAACGCGAUUCUCUCCUCUCCUUGGAUCGGUCCGUGUCUCGUCUCUCUGGUUUUGCGGCAGGCUCCGAAUGGACCCCACGAUGAUCUGGAAACAGUGGACAACCGACUGUUGAUUGUUGGGCUCCUCUACAACACGCUUAUUCAUAAGCUGUAUCGCCGGGCGAUUCUUGAUCACUUUGCCAGUCAGCCCAAGGCUCAAAUGAAUCUCUUCAUCAAGAACAUCGUGGCCUACCUCGACGAUCUCAAGGCCUAUUCACGUCUGGCGCCGUCCCCCAAGGAUCAGGAUAUCCUUCGGUCCACUAUGCACAUCCAGAAAGUCAUCGACGUUCUCUCCUGGGACUCGAGGAUCCGUCCAUACCUCGUCAAAGAAGACUACAUCAUUCAAUUCUUCAUGUUUCUUCAAGCCAUCCGAUCCAAGGUCCUCUCCGUUAUCCGCUUCGUCCCGAUGGUCAAGUGGUGGCUGUGGAACGGAAUCAACCUGCAAAGCAUAUGCGACUGGCUGAACCACGACCCACGCACGGCGCCGAUGGUCCUCUGCGAACUCGUCGAGCUGGGAUUCAUCACCACCAUGUUCGACGACUUGUCUCGAGCGAGGAGGGAGGACGAGGCAAAGUUGUUGUUCAACUCUCUCCAGGUUGUCGCUGGGCAUCUGAGGUCGGAUAGGGUGUUGGCAGCGGUUGAUGAGAAGUGGAAGGCGCUGCCGAAGGAUGUGUUGCAGAGGUUGAGGGCUCCUGGGCAUCAUGGCGCGAAGAUAUUUGAACAGUUCCACGUCUUCAUCACGCUGAACAAGAGGACUCUUGGGAAGAUCGAGGAGAACCGUCUCGUGGGCGAGGUCGACGAUUGGAUACCUCCCAACUACUGCCACAACAUCCCUGGUCCCCACGUCGAGGAGCUGAACGACCACAACGAGAUGUUCGCCUGUGCCCGAUGUCACUCCGUCGUCUACUGCUGCAAGGACUGUCAGACAGACGACUGGGAGGCUCUACACAAGUACGAAUGCUCAAUGCUCAAGCAGACGCGACGAGCACUUAAACAAGAAGACCGCUGGGUCCCAUGGAAACACCGAUUCAGGUCUUUGGACGGAAUCGCGAAUUUCAUGGACGGAUUCUUCAAAUCCGGCCAACUCGAUGCUCUGAACACGAUGUUCGCCCAACAACGUCCGGACUACGCAACCCUCGAUAAGCGAAGACUCAUCACUGUGCACUGGAAAAUGUCAAUGCAGAAAGAAAGGAAGAAGUCGAACGAAGUGGUGACGUUCGAUGAGUAUAGGGAGAGAGCGAAAGCGUGGGUUCCGUGGUCCCCGAAACGCUUCGACGCGCUGGUGAAGAGGGUCGAGGAGAGCGAGGGUACGAGGAAGUUGUGCGCUUUCGUGUUCCCCUUUGGACAUUCGAGGCUGCACGUGUUGUUCCUUUAUGAUGCGUCAGAUGAGAUUGAUUCGAGGGAGGAGUCGAGAAUGACUCAUGGGAUGAUGCAGCUCGAAUAUAGCUCUGGAGAAUUCACUGAAUACAGCUGCGAGAGCUCCUGCUGUCGUUGACCGUCGAACAAAUCCUUCGUAACUCCACAUUAUCUAUAUCAGACGUGACUCCGCGUCGAGCUCUUGGAUUGUCAUUUCUAACUUGGUAUAAUUAGAACACCAUUUCACUCGG